AUCACGUGCGACGGGAGGACAUCGUCAUAGUGCAGUUUGAAGCCGGAGGUCGUCCAGCAGAGAGCCUCUCUUGCUUACAUGCAUUCUUUGCGAAUCACACAGAACACAUCUUCUUCCACUGCUGCCAUUGUCCCUCCAAGAUCGUUCGCAGUAAUCACAAAGAAUCCAAAGAUCGACGUCAGAAGACACCGUGACUGCAUCCUAUCUUCGACGUCGUCCUAGCAUACACUGCUGCCUUUGCUCAACAUGGCCUCCGGCUCCACGCCCGCUACGCCUCUGCUCUAUUCCGCAAUCGCCUACAAAGACACCAUCCUUGCAGAACAUACAACGUCGGCUGCAGCAGGUACCGUUGCCACCAAGCUCGCCGCCCUAGUGUUGCCUAAAAUCACCCACACCGCGGCGCAGAAAUUGACCUACGAGCACAAUGACGAUCUGGUACACUAUGUUGCAGACGCCGCGCCCUCCUCGCGUGAUCCAGCACAUCUCAGUGCUGCGGGAUUGACCUACCUCGUCGUCGCCAAACGCCCUCUCGGCAAACGUGUUCCCUUCACCUACCUCCUCGCGACCAAGCAGCGUUUCCUCAAGGACUACGACCCGGAACGGACCGAUUUCGCCUCCUUGCCUGCCUACGGGGCCGCCGCUUUCAACGUCCAGCUCAAGAGGUUGAUGCAGGAGUUCGCCUCUGGUACCGCACAGGGUGGAGACCUCGCCGAAGGUGGAGAUGCUUUCGCAUCAGUACAGGCCGAGCUGGAUAGCGUGCGAGGGAUCAUGACUGAGAACAUCGAGCGUGUGCUGGAGCGCGGCGAGCGGAUCGACCUCCUGGUUGACAAGACGGAUCGGCUGGGCGGGAGCGCGACGGAAUUCCGUGUGCGAAGUCGUGGGCUGCGGAGAAAGAUGUGGUGGAAGAACGUGCGCUUGAUGGUGCUCUUGGCCGUCGUCAUCGUCUUCUUGAUCUAUCUACUUGUGGGCUUUGGAUGCGGAUUGCCAACGUGGUCGCGCUGCAUAGCAUGAUGCUCAAAGUCCUUUGUGGCCACAACGACUCCAUUCCCAUGCCAUUUCCUACAUAACCACUCAAAGCGGAAUUUGCCUGCCCUCUUUCUAUCGAUGAGGUGGUCGUGUCACGAGAACAGACCCGCACCGAGCUACCCAGACCCUGUAUGGGUAACGUCACAUACU